UGGUAGUACACCCAUUGUUUCUUCAAAACACGUGUCUGUUUAUCAUAACCUAAAAUUCAUCUGUCAUCACUGUCUUAAUGAUCAAGACAGAACUAGAAUAUUAUCAUAGAAACAGAAAUACAUAUUAAAAGUCCAAAAUGCUAAGAAGACAAGCAAGGCUUCGUAGGGAGUAUCUCUACAGAAAGUCAGUUCAAGACAAAUUGAAAAGCAUACAAGAGAAAAAAGAGAAACUGAGGCGUAGUCUGGAAGAAAAUAUUCCCAUACAUCCAAAUCUAAGAAAGGAUGCUUUACAAAUACAGAAGAGACUGGAAUGGGAAGACGCAGGUCCAGAACUGGCUGUGGCCUUGGGAACAGAGACCGGAGGAGCUUUAGGAUCCCACGAAGACGAUGAGUAUCGUUGGGCAGGAGUUGAAGAUCCAAAAAUUGUGAUCACUACCUCUCGUGAUCCAAGUUCUAGGUUGAAAAUGUUCGUCAAGGAACUGCGAUUGAUAUUUCCCAAUUCGCAAAGGAUGAAUCGAGGAAACUAUGAAAUGAAGCAGCUCAUACAUGCCUGUCGGGCGAAUGACGUUACAGAUUUCAUAAUCGUGCACGAGCACAGGGGAGUACCCGACUCUCUGGUCAUUUGUCACCUGCCGUAUGGGCCCACAGCGUACUUUACAAUGUCAGAUGUUGUUAUGAGGCACGACAUACCCAAUAUCGGAACAAUGUCGGAGCAAUAUCCCCAUUUAAUUUUCCACAAUUUCAAAACAAAGUUGGGUACACGAGUCACUAACAUUCUAAAGUACCUGUUUCCUGUACCGAAGGAAGACAGCAAGAGAAUAAUUACUUUUGCGAAUCACGACGACUACGUAUCGUUUCGGCAUCAUACGUACAAAAAGGUCAAUGGAAAAGACAUAGAAUUAACAGAAGUCGGACCAAGGUUUCAGUUGAAACUGUACGAAAUCAAAUUGGGCACGUUAGAUGCGGAGACUGCUGCAGACACAGAAUGGGCUCUGAGGCCCUACAUGAAUACUACCCACAAACGAAGAUUCUUGUCCAACGAAGACGGUUGGCAACAGGAAGAUGAUAUUUAACUUUCUAGUACUUGAAUUAUUCGAAUAAAUAUUCUAACAAUGUAAAUAACAAGCUUUAUUUUACAUUAUACAUUAUACAUUCUUGAUUUUAUUUUACAUUAUACAUUAUACAUUAUACACUCUUGAGUUUAUUUUAUUUUAUUCAAAUAAAUAUUCUAACAAUGUAAAUAAUAAGCUUUCGUGUCAAACAUUGUAAACCUAGCUUAAGCUGUAAUUUAUAAUUAUGGUAAAACAGUUGUAAUCAUUAUGAGAAAGGUGUAUUGGUUGUAUUACUAAAUUAUAAGAAUGCGAGAGGUUUUAAUGGGGAGUAUGUGAGUUUCUGGUUAAUACAAUUAUUUAAUGGCAAUUGAUUCAAUUAUAAACAGUUUUAUAUAUUAUAUAUAAAUGUAUAAAUGUUAGUUAGUACAUAAUUUGAGAGCGUUGAAGACUUCUCUACUUAGCGAUGGAGAAAGAAUUUCAAUUUUCAAGAUAAAAUCAGGAAUGUAUAAAUGUUUGUUAGUAUUUAAUUCCAAAUAUGAAAGAGCAAUGCAAAAGCUACAAACUGGUUUGUAGUAUUUAAUUAACUGUUUGUUAGUAUUUAAUUUGAGAGCGUUAAAGACUUCUCUACUUAGCGACGAAAAAAGAAUUUCAAUUUUCAAGAUAAAUUCAGGAAUGUAUAAAUGUUUAUUAGUACUUAAUUUAAGAGCAUUGAAGACUUUUCUGGAUAGCGACAUAGAAAGAGUAAAUAUAUAUAUAAUACAGGAUCUAAUACGUUA